CAGAGAGAGAGACAGAGAGAGGUUAUAAAUGUAGACAGCAGGACAGUAGGCAGGUACUAGAAGAGUGCACUCCGAAUUGUGCACUAUACUUAAAAAAACUAGGAGGAGGAGAAAAGGGAAGUGCAGAACAUUCAACAGAAGUAUUAUUUCUAUAUAGAAACAGCUUCUCUGAGCCAUAACUUCAUUGCCUUGCUAGUAACUAUCAUCACCUGAAUGGCUCAAACCAAGGUCACUCCGAGGGCAGUAACAAUAUCAGCAAGAGCAGCAGCAAUAGCAAUAGCAUGGGCACUCUUCAUUAACCUCCUUAUGACAAGUGAAGUUGCCAGUGCAGAGAGGCCUCUCAAAGAUGAGAAGCCAACAAAAUUUAUUGAGCAAGACAUACAUGAAGCAUUUUUUGUGAAAGUGGUCAAUUUUCUAUGGCAGGCGGGAGGAUCUUCUUAUCAGCCUGUUUGGCCAGAGAUGAAGUUUGGUUGGAAAAUUGUAGUUGGCUCAAUAGUUGGAUUCUUUGGUGCAGCAUUGGGUAGUGUGGGAGGUGUUGGAGGUGGAGGUAUUUUUGUACCAAUGCUUGCCUUGAUAAUUGGUUUUGAUCCCAAGUCUUCCACUGCCAUUUCCAAGUGUAUGAUAAUGGGUGCUGCAGGUUCAACAGUAUACUUCAAUUUGAGACUUAGGCACCCAACACUGGACAUGCCCCUUAUAGAUUAUGAUCUGGCUUUGCUCUUUCAGCCAAUGCUCAUGCUAGGCAUCAGCAUAGGAGUUGCCUUCAACGUCAUGUUCGCCGACUGGAUGGUCACAGUUCUACUUAUCAUUCUCUUCUUAGGUACAGCAGCAAAAGCUUUAAUGAAAGGCAUAGAAACAUGGAAGAAAGAGACAAUGAUGAAGAAGGAAGCAGAAAAGCAGUUGGAAUCGGAGUCCAAACCUGGCGAUGGUUCUGGAGAAGACUACAAACCACUACCUGGUGGUCCUGCUUCAUUGCAAGAUGAGCAGGUGCCUAUAUCACACAACGUUUACUGGAAGGAGUUAUUGAUGCUUGUGUAUGUCUGGGUGGCUUUUCUUAUUGUUCAGAUUGUUAAGACAUAUACUGAAACUUGCUCCACCAUGUUCUGGGUCCUGAACUCCUUGCAGGUACCAAUUGCAGUCUCCGUUACGCUCUUUGAAGCCAUAUGCUUAUGCAAAGGCACCAGGGUGAUUGCAUCCAAAGGAAAGGAAAUCACAAACUGGAAAUUGCAUCAGAUUUUUCUUUACUGCAGCUGUGGGAUAGUAGCUGGUAUGGUGGGUGGCCUACUUGGGCUGGGAGGCGGUUUCAUCUUGGGACCCCUUUUUCUUGAAUUGGGAAUUCCUCCUCAGGUAGCAAGUGCUACAUCCACAUUUGCAAUGUUAUUCUCAUCCUCCAUGUCAGUUGUACAGUAUUACCUUCUCAACCGUUUCCCAGUCCCGUAUGCUGCUUAUUUUGUUUUAGUUGCAACAAUUGCUGCAUUUACUGGUCAGCAUGUAGUGAGAAAGAUAAUUGCAGUUGUUGGGAGGGCAUCCAUUGUCAUCUUCAUACUAGCUUUGACCAUCUUUGUGAGCGCAAUCAGCUUAGGUGGGGUGGGGAUAGCAAAUAUGGUUGAGAAGAUGGAGAAUCAAGAGUACAUGGGAUUUGAAAAUUUCUGUCACCAGUCUUAAGCAUGUUGUGUAAUAUCCUAUUUGUUUGCUGUGGAAUUUGUCAACCCACAAUAACUAUUAUCCACACCACAGUCUACUUUAAAUAUUGUUGUAUAUUUUUCCAGUAAUUUUCUGGCAAAGAUGACUUGAUAUUUAUGUACUGGAUGUUCAAAUCAUUGUUCCAUCAGUUU